AUGUCGAAUAACCAGGCCCAAAAGCCCGAUCUCAGCGACGCUGCUGCUGACGCUGCCAAUGAGUUUCUCAUACAAACCUUUGGAUUCGUCGGGGAGUAUGCUCGCCGCUUCGGUCGCAACUUUUACAACUCUUUCGCCACGGUGAACGCGGGCCGGUGGACCAAGGUCAUUGGUGUUGUGAUUUUCUAUUUGCUCAUCCGCCCUUACAUUCACAAGCUUUUCCAAUGGAUGUACGACCGUUCCAAGAAGAAAGAGAAGGCGAAGAAGGAAAAGGAGAGGGCCGAAUUUGCUGGCAAGGCCAAGAUCUCUGCCAACGCCCUCCGUGGCGGUGGCAGCAGUGGGAAGGUCCUGGGCGAAGUUGACGGCUCCGAUGAGGAGGUUGAGGAGGAUGAGGAGGUUGAGGAGGAUGAGGAGGAUGUUUUGCCCCAUGCCAGCGGUGUCCCCGAGUGGAGCGCUAUGGCACGCAAGCGCCAGAAGAAGUAUCUGAAGAGCAUCAACAAGCAGAACGGAAAGCGCGCGGAGAACAUGACGGAGGACCAGAUGAUGCAGUUGCUGGAUUGGAGCGAUGACGAGAAAUGA